GCACAAUACUGGAACAGUGAGGAGAGAAGAAGACUACUGCAAGCAAUAUUUGUCCUCAGCGUGAUUGAACACUGACAGCCGCAGUCUCUGCAGCGAUAGGAGCUCAGUCGAGGUGGCAUGGGAAGUAUCACACUGCCCCUCGCGCUAGCGCUGCUAGCAACCCUAUCCCUUACCCCCUUAUGCUGUGCACUCGAGUUUCUUAGGCCUGUGUACAUCGCGGACGUUUUGUCUAGCGAGGGAAGAUCGCUCCAGUUAGAAGCGGAACCCACGAACCCAAACGGCACAGUAAAUUUCACGCUCGUGCUGGUGACGAACGGGCAACAAGACCACGUUACCCUCAACUCCUCCGGCUAUCUGACCAUAGAUCCCGGCGCCGAUGACAGCUUCUACAUUGAUAUUGUACUUGAAGAUAGCGAGCAGAGGAUUGAGGCAUCGAUAGAGGUGGAAAUAGUGACUACUGGAGACGAUAACGCGCCAGAAUUUACACAAGAGACCUAUUCAUUCUCCCUCAGAGAAGAUGCAGAGGAUGGGACCACUAUUGGAGACGUGGAUGCAACGGAUGAAGAAGGAACAGUGUCAGUUGCCAUAGGAACUACAGAGACAUCGAAUCUCGAACAGGAAAUUGAUGAAAUCUUUGGUUUCCUAAGUAACAGCGAGACCCUCAUUCUGUUAGACACAAGCAGCAUAGACAGAGAAACACAUUCGGAGAUCAGAUUCACAGUCAUUGCCACCGACUCCGCCUCCCAAACCACCACUGCCAAUGUUACCGUGGUGAUCGGUGAUGCCAACGACAACACCCCAUCCAUCACCAACGACGGGGACUCUGACCUAAUUAUCCAGACGGAACCGACCGGUACAGAGGUAUUUGAUGUGGAGGCUGAGGACAGAGAUCAAAUUGGUAGUAACUCUGAUUUCACCUUUCAACUGACCAACACUACUCUCCCAUUCGCAAUCGAUGAAUUAUCUGGAGAGAUUACUAUCAACGGUAGUCUACAGGCAACGACGUACAAAAUCGAAGUUCUGGUCAAAGAUGAGGGGACACCUUCUCUCAACUCGACUGGUGUGUUCACUCUCGAGGUGGCACCCGGCUAAUGAUGCAGACCCUCAAUUUGAGGAGCCGUUUGAGUUCAAUAUCACGGAGAACACGACACCAGAAGAAACCGUCUUCACUUUCAAUGUGACGGAUGAAGACACGGGAGACGAGGGGAUUGCUAUUCUCACCCUCAGCAAGAGUGACUACUCACAAAAUUUCUCGUUAGAAUUUAACGAAACGGCACCCUCGACUGUCGUGGGACGGCUCUUUCUCUUGGAUCCAUUCGAUCGAGAAACUAUCACCAAUUUCACUCUCACGGUCACUGCAACUGAUUCUGGGUACGCGGAAUUUCGAAGGACAGCUCUCAGACGUUUUCCGUGAACGUACAAGACACCAACGACAAUGCUCCCAUUUUCACCGACACCCCCUACACAGCUACAGUGGCUGAGGAUCGUACCGAUGGCCACGUCUUCUUCCAAGCCUCGGCUGCUGACUCCGAUAUUGGAACCAAUUCUGAGCUCGAAUUUAGUCUCACAGACGACUUCAAUGAAACUUUUGCCAUCAAUUCAUCGAGUGGUGAAAUAUCGGUCCAAGGAGUCCUCCACACAGCCACACAAGCUCAAUACGUUCUCGAAAUCGUCGUGCAAGACAGAGGCACACCCUCACUAAACGAUACCGCCACCCUCAACAUCACAGUGGACGAGGUGAACGAUAACGACCCAUACUUCGUAGAGCCGACUGCAGCAAGGGCUCUACAACUUGACGAGGAUACCGAGACGGGUUACGUGCUGUUGAACGUGAGUACAGGAGACGACGAUACUGGUCUGGCUGGCGAGGUCGAGCUGAGCCUGGAACCAAACACGUCUCCAUUUCGAAUCGAAAACGACUCACUGAUACUUGACUCGUCCCUAGACUAUGAGACUGCAUCGGAGCAUGAAGUAUACAUCGUGGCAACUGACAGAGGAGAUCCAGUUCGCUCCACAUCCGUCCUCGUCACCAUUACUGUCGGCGACAUAAACGAGUUUACCCCGGAAUUCCAGUACUCCAGAGAGGAUUUUCCAGAUGGAGUAUACACCGUGGAAACCCUCUCCACUGCCCGUGCUGGUACCAUUCUCCUGAUGGUACUGGCAACUGAUGAUGAUGGUAGAGACAAUGACAUCACCUACAACAUCACGUACGACACCUCAGAGGAAGGAUCUGGGUCAGCCAGUGGACAGCAACCCACUGAGGAACCAGAGAUCUUCACCUUCACUAUCAACUCCGAAGGAGAGAUCUCCAAUGAUGACAUCUUUCCAGAUAUCACAGAAGAUGAGGAGAACAUUACGUACACGUUCACUGUGGUAGCUACGGACAACGGUAGCCCGGAGACAAGGAACGCAAGUGCAGAGGUGACAAUAGUUGUCUUCUCGCCUGACAACCACUUUAACCCUGUCCUCGACGAAGAAGAAUAUGAGGGGUCUGUGGAUGAAGAUGUAGAGCCCGGGGAUGUUGUUGUUAGCUUCUCAAUCACCGAUGGCGACCGCAGCAUCAAAGCAUCACAGAUCGGAGAGAUACAGUUGAUUGGUGAGGACGGCGACUUCUUUACGACAAACAUCACAGGGGCCACCACUGGUCAAAUCCUUACCAAUGCCUCAUUUGACCGCGAGGAAAAAGACGAGUAUACUUUCAGCCUCAUCGUCUCGGACAAUGGACGAAAUCCUCGCCGGAGUACCCCGGCAACCGUCACCAUAACGAUCGCAAACCUCAACGACGAAUCUCCAGAAUUUGACCCUGCCUCCUACAGUUUCACAGUAGCGGAGUCUCUGUCGACUGACGUGUCGUUUGGUAGAGUGAGUGCGACAGAUGCAGAUGGGCUAGGGGACAUAGUCUACGGUCUGAGCGAGACCAGCGAGUUCUUCCAGAUUGACAACUCCACUGGAGAACUGUCUCUGGCCCAGACACUGGAUUUUGAGACACAGCAAACGUACUCACUGACAGUUGAAGCAGUGGAAGUUAAAGAUGGGGAGGAGCUCCCAGACUCUGGGACCGCAACAGUCAACAUCACUGUUUCCGAUGCCAACGACCACGCCCCUGAGUUUAUUGACACUCCGUAUGACUUUACAGUUCUGGAGAAUGCUACCAUGGAAACGAUUGUCGGAACUGUCAGCGCAAACGACACGGACAGCCCUGACUCUGAGAUUUCUUUUUCAAUUGAGAGUGAAGCGUUUGACAUUGAUUCAUCGACUGGGCAGAUAACAGUGGCCCAAACACUAGAUAGAGAGGAUCAAGCUCGAUACACUCUAGUAGUGACGGCAACUGAUAAUGACGAAGAUAGUCCGCUCGAAACAAACGUCUCCAUAACAAUAGACGUGUCCGACGUCAACGACAACAGCCCCGAGUUUCCCAGCACGCCAACGUCAUUCCGAAUCUCCGAGAGUCUCAAUGUCGGAGAUUACGUGACAAAAAUCAUUGCCACGGACGCCGACGAAAUGGGAACCGAAAACAGCGAAAUUUCAUUCAAUAUCACUGGGGGGUCGGGGGCCGAUUAUUUCGACAUCGACCCUUCCUCUGGAAAUCUCACCGUUGCUCUCUCUCUUGACUAUGAAAUGAACACUUCAUUUGAGCUUGUGAUUGAGGCCUCUGAUGGGGGAUUCCCCUCCCUCAGUUCUAAUAUGACGUACACCAUUCGCCUUAGAAACGAAGACGAUAACGAACCCUUGUUUGAGAGGGACAGCUACACGUUCACGAUUGAGGAAAACAACCAAAUCAACGACUUUAUUGGCCGAGUCAAAGCCACAGAUCUGGACCCUCACAAUCGCACAAUCGGCUAUGCCUUCAUCGGUACAGAAAAUCUGUUCAUGCUGAACCGCACGAACGGAGAGAUCACAGCAAGCAGGGUGUACGACCUUGAGAGCAUGAGUGAAUCCACGCAAGAAGUGGAGGUAGAAGUGUUUUACCAGGAGGACAUAAAUGAGGCCACGGAUACUGUAAUGGUGUACAUCACCAUCACAGACAAAGACGAAUUUGACAUAGUCGUGGAGCAGAUUGAUAACAUUGAGAUUCACGAAAAUGAAAAUGUGGGCGAAGUUGUGAGGGUGAUAGAGGCCAGCGAUCGCGAUGCCGACAGCGACCUGGAAUACUCUCUCUCCAUCACAGACAACCUCCUGGAAAUCAACUCGACCACAGGAAAUAUCUCUGUCGCCAAGGAAAUUGAUCGCGAGUCGUCGGUCUUGCGUGAUACCUGUCCCAGCGGAACACCAAGCGACGCAAGUUGCACCCGUUUCAACGUCAGGAUAACUGAUGUCACGUCGGGUGACAUGGUGCGCAGAAGUCUAUAUCUUGUAGUGCGGGACUUGGACGAUGAGCCACCAGAAUUCUCAGAGACCACCUACUACUAUGCCAAUCUCAGUGAGAAUGCAGAGGUAGAAUUCGAACUUUCAGAUCUCCAGCUAUCAGCCUCAGACCCCGACAUCGGGGUAUCCCUCACCUACGCCAUUCCUUCAGAUCAGGGCAUUGAAGACUUCUCCAUCGAGAGGCUGGUUGCUAGGAUCUCCGUUGCAGAGGAGCUGGACUACGAACGGAACACAACCUAUAAUUUCACCAUUACUGCAACUGACACGGAGGGCAACGUGGGAUCAGCUACCGUGGUGAUUGAUAUCUUUGAUGAGAAUGACAAUACCCCAGAGUUUGUGCGGAGUUUUUUCACCCAGACCAUAAUCGAGGACUCGGAACCGGGACUAGAAGUGAUUACAGUCAACGCAACCGACGCAGACAGCACAAGCAACGCAGAGCUCACGUACAGAAUCGACGACGGAAACGUCGGAGACAAGUUUGAAAUCGACUCUAAAACCGGUUUGGUGACCCUGGAGGCGAGUAUUGAUCGCGAGAACGUCUCCUUCUAUAGUUUGACAAUAGAGGCAGUGGACGGAGGGGUUGUGCCACUAACUGGGUCAGUGCUCCUUAAUAUCAGCAUCAGUGACGUGGACGACCAUCCUCCAUUCUUCGUCAGGUCUGAAUUUAUAGGAGAAGUGAGCGAAAGUGCAGACGAGGGCGAAAACGUGCUAGACAGUAAUGGAAAUCCGUUCCAAGUGACUGUGGAAGACUUGGAUGAGGGUGCAACGGUUACAAUCACUUCGUAUGGUUUUGACAUACCCUUUGACGUCGACAGGACAACUGGAAACGUGACAGUGUCCUCCGAACUCGACGCUGAGACCCAACACGAAUACCAGUUCGUGGUCGUUGCUCGUGACAACACGGGGCUCUUAUCUGUCCCUGCCACGGUUACAAUCACAGUCAUCGAUGAAAACGAGCACAGGCCCGUGUUCGAGGAGGCAAGCUACGAGCUGACGCUGGAGGAAAACUCUCACAAGGGAGAAGUAGUUCUUGUGGUAGCGGCUGUAGACAGAGACAGUAGAGAUACUAUCACAUACUCCAUCCAGACUUCCUUCAAUAGCUCAGGGGUGGAGUUGCCCGAAGUAGCAAGUGGGGAUGUUUCCAGCGGAGAUAUAAUAGAGGAACCAACGUUUCCUUUUGAGAUUGACAACUCAACUGGGGAAAUCACACUUCUUCGGAAUCUUGACUAUGAGACCGUUCCUCAGUGGGAUUUUAAUGUCACGGCGACCGAUAGAGAGAACGAGACCUCGGUAGUUAGUGUUACAAUCGACGUGGAAGACUUGAACGACAAUCCUCCCCGAUUUGUCAACCACACGUUUGAGAUUUUGGUCCGCGAAGACUCGGUCGUGUCGGAUUCAGAACCAGUCUCGGAGCUAAUAAGGGCCGAGGAUCAGGACUCUGUCAGUGAAGGGAAUCUACGAUACUACAUUGUCAGUGGGGCACAAGGCACCUUCAGGAUGGAUCGCUUCACAGGAGACCUCUUCCUCACUGCAGAGUUGGACCUGAACGAGGUGGACAGCUACAAACUUGAGGUGGUAGUUAGUGACGGUGAGGAAGAAGACACUGCCGUAGUUGAAAUCAUAGUCGUGGAUGUCAACAACCAUCGCCCCGUUUUCAGAGAAGAUCCAUUCACCUUCUCUCUCCUUGAGAACUCCACUAAUGGGACACUAGUGGGUCAAGUGGUGGCAGAUGAUGACGAUUUUGAAGAGCUAGGGUCCAUCCUAUACUCCAUCAUUGGUGGAGAUUCGGACCUUUUCCUCAUUGAUAACUCCACGGGUGAAAUCUUUACAAUUGCUGGAGAUUUCAAUGCAGACAAACCUCCGAACUCGUAUGAGAUCACAGUUGAAGCUACAGAUGGUGGAAAUCCACCGAUGAGCUCAAAUGCAACGGUCGAGAUAACUCUUGGGGACGUCAAUGACAACGACCCGGAGUUUACCCUCCUUCAGUUUGAGUUUUCUGUGGUGGAGAACGCUGAAGUGGAUGAGUCCGUGUUCCGUGUCACGGCGCUCGAUGCUGAUUCCGGGUCAAAUGCGGAAAUGGAGUUCCGGGUCCUGACCCAAAAUUCCUCAUUCAGCAUUGAUCUCGAAACCGGCAUCAUUCGAGUUGCACGUGAACUCGAUUUCGACAGUUCGUCACUCCCCAAUCCAGUCUAUAUUGAGAUAUCGGUAGCUGACGGGGGUAGCCCUCCGCGAAAGCAGCAAUGGAGUGUUGAACAUUACCAUCACAGACGUCAAUGACAAUGCACCCUACUUCACCGACGACCUCAUUCAAGCGUUUGUCGCGGAAAAUACAACUGUCAACGAAACAGCCUUCAUCGUGGAAGCAUUCGACAGGGAUUCAAACGAAAAUUCCGACCUCAGUUACAAAAUCCUGAAUGCUAUCCCUGCCGAGUGUAGAACAAGGUACCGAAUCGUGGAGAGCACGGGUGAAGUAAUUCUCAAUGAAGCAGUUGAUGCAGAGGAGAGAGAACAAGCUUGCUCUCUCCUGAUUCAAGCAACGGACAACGGAACCCCUCGACUCUCAAACACCGCCACAUUUAAUGUCCUCAUAACCGACAUCAACGAAGAAGCUCCUGUAUUUGUCCCCACACGACCAGUCGGUGAGAUACCAGAAAACUCGAAGAACGGAACUUCAGUUCUCACUCUUGAGACAACAGACGGAGAUGGGGACUUUGUACGGUACAGAGCAAUCGGGGGAGCAACUCCAACGUUUGAUCUCAGCACCUCUGGGUUGAUUUCAGUUGCACGUGGUGCUGUGCUGGACAGGGAAAUGAGGGAUGAGUAUGACCUACUGGUAGAAGCCAGAGAUGACGGUAGUCCACGAAAAUCCACCCAAACAACAGUCACCAUCACAAUCGUGGAUGAAAACGAUAACUCACCAAUUUUCAGUCAGGCCGACUAUUACGUCUCAGUCCGUGAGAAUCUGGGGCUAAACGAAGCUUUUGGUACAAUAGUGGCAACUGAUGCAGACAUCGGUACCAAUGACGAUGUUCAGUACAGUCUCAUUGACAACGGAAGAGGAGAAACGGAUUUCGGGAAGUUUUGCAAUCCAGCCAGCUUCAGGUCAGCUAUUCCUCAUUGAGCGAUUGGAUUUCGAGACCGAAGAUCGCUACUACCUACUGCGAGUCCAGGCAGACGAUGACGUGUUUAAAACUGAAACUCUGGUGCACAUUCGUGUUCUUGAAUCCAACGACAUCACACCAAUUUUCGAAAAUCUCCCUAGCUCCACGGAGCUGGCGGAGGAUGCUGAAAACGGCACGAUUGUGUUCAAGGUGUCAGCCACCGAUAAUGACCUGAACGUCAAUGGGAAGAUAACAUACAGCCUCAUGGUCACAGAGGGUAGCGAAAAAUUCUCCAUUGAUCCAGAAACCGGCGAAAUUACUGUCAGCGGCGAUAAUCUUUUUGAUUUUGAUGAAGGUGAACAGAUGUAUGAGUUGACUGUAGUUGCUAUGGACAAUGCAGGCUCAAUGCCAAGCGGAGACAAUGAAGCUGCGAGUGGUAGCGCAUUUGGAAACGAAAGCCUGGUUUUCCCUGAUGAUGAGGUCCGCAAAAACACUUCCACACUCACAGUCUACAUCACUGACGUCAACGACAAUGCCCCAGUAUUCCUUGAGGAUUCCUACAGCCCUGUAGUUAUUGAACACGAUGGCAUCUCUCUUACAGUCAUCACUGUGACUGCUACCGACGCCGAUGAACCAGGCAACCCCAACUCUCAGGUAAACUAUGAGAUAGUCGAUGGGGCUUUUGGUCGGUUCGACAUCCAACCAAAUGGCGAUAUCGUCAGCGUCCCUCCAAUCAACAGGGAGGUUUUUCAAGUCUACGACAUAGUUGUGAGAGCCUAUGACAGUGGGGAACCUGCACUAAACACUACUGUCAACGUCAUGGUGACAGUCCACGAUUCAGACGACGAGCGUCCAGUUUUCACUCAGACAAGAUACACAGGCUCAGCCGUGGAAAACUCCCCAGAAGGAGUCUCAAUCCUAGAGGUUAGAGCGUUUGAUAGAAACACAAUCGAGAGCCCUGCCAACUACUCCCUCCAAGAAUCAGACGUCUCAGACUACUUUACUAUCAAUACAACCACAGGUGUCAUAGCCACCUCGGAUCUUGUCAUAGACCGUGAAAUGAGUCAGAAUUUCAGCCUCAUUGCUCUGGCCGGUGAUGCCAGUAGUGGCUUCAGCACGGCAACAGUGUUUAUUAGGGUCACGGAUGAGAACGAUGAAAGACCAGUGUUUGAGGAGUUGGAAUACUCGUUCACCGUGGGCGAGAAUCAGGCAAUUGGCUCGAGAUUGAGUGGAAUCAGAGCCGUUGACGAAGAUGUCGGAUCAAAUGCAGAAACUGUGUACGAACUCGAGUUCGAAUCGGGAAGAAACGGGCUCUUUGAAAUCGACUCGGAAAACGGUGACAUCGUCGUCAAAAACCUCCCCUGUUUCUCCGAUAGUUCAAACGAGACGCACACUUUCACGCUCCAUGCCAGUGACAGCCUCAACAGCUCUCUUCGUGACACUUCCUUCCUCACAAUCUCACUCUUUGAACAAAACAGCUACCCUCCUGUGUUUGAGCAGCCUUCUUAUGUCAGUCGAUUGGAGAGCUUGGCGCCAGAGGGAACCGAAGUACUACCAGACCUUCUCACCACUGACAGAGACGUCUGUUCUGGGGACCCCAUUUUUGACAUAGUCGAUGGUAACGUUAAUGAUACGUUUACCAUCAACAGCACGACUGGAAGAAUCGUUCUUGCAAGAAACCUGACAGAAGAAGAUCUUAGCUUCACGCUCUCCGUGCGUGCAACCGACACGGGGAAUUUCGAAGUGCCAGAUCUCACCGCAACUGUGUCUAUUGUUGUUGUUGUUGGGCAGCUGUUGCCUGUCUCAGUGUCUGUAGAGCCCGGCUUGACAACUCUGCUCAUUUCCCGCCUCACACAGUUCAGGUAUGUCCAGGGCAUCUGGCUGCAUGAUAGUGGCGGGUCCACGACAAACCGUGCACCUAACAUCACUUUCUCACUCGGAGCAGUAAGUGAAGGGACACAGAUCCCUGUCAUCGGUACCACAGCAAGCACUGUAGAAGCUGCCCUGGCAAGGGAGGAUGUGUAUCCAGAUGACCCAGAAAUCGUGGUUGGUGUGCAGGUAGAGGGGCCAAACUUUGGCCGAGCUUCAGUAGAACCGACAGAAGUCUUCAUCCGUGUCGUGACCGAAUCUGACAGCUCAGAGACCUCAUCUUGCACCAGUGCUCAGGGCUCAGGAACAUGUGUUGCAACAGUCACUAUCCCUUCUGCAUGGUUCAUCAGUGGGAGCAGUAACGUGUCUGUUUAUUAUGGCCUCUCUGAACCUGCAGAUACUCUUUUGGGGCAAGUCAGGGUCAAUGCAGUCGAAUCAUGCAAUUCGCUCUCUUCUCCAGCUGUGAGUGUAAAAAUGCCAGCCCGAGUCAUUCUCCCGGGAUCAGUUUUCAAUGUUAACGUCUACUCUCACUUGAACAGCAGCAUUAGCCACUUUCUUUUCACCUUCACAAUUGACGAGGACCUGCUGGAGUUCGUGAGAAUAAACUGGAAUCCUUCUGACUACAACAUCCAGCAUGCCAUGCACGAAGACAAGCUUGCAGUGACUGGGACCUAUUAUGGGCACGCAGGCUCCUUAAGCACGGGUAAAAUUCUAGGUCUAGAGUUCCAACUGAAGUCCAAUACCUCUCUGCCCGAGGAAGAUGUAUUGACUCUCAGCUGCAAUGUAGAUUACCUGGUGACAUGUAUUGAUGCGGAAGUAGCAAGUUGCGAAGAAGUACUGUCCAACAUAUCGGCGUAUCACAUCAAUUUUGAUGAGGACGGGUCGUGCAACUCGCUCACUGGUAAAGUUCUUGUGGCCAGUCCAGCUCUCGUCCAAUUGUUCCCUUACACUUCCACAACUGGACUUCUGAACACUGCCUAUCUUAGCGGAGAACAGGUUACUGUUGAUAUUGUUAGCCAUGGAUUCCUGAGCUCAGGUGAGUUCACUGACUACCUCAGUAAUCACGAGUGUGAGAGUGCCAACGAGAGAAUCAUCAAGGUUGACAGAGACUGCCAGUUCGUGUACCUAAAUGGAAAUGAGACAAGUGGCUCCGAGGCUGUGGAUGUCACAGUUAGAAGCUCCCAGUUUUCCUCCACGCUCAAGUUCCAAGUCUGGUUUCCCAGGAAUGUUGACAUCACUUUUGGCAAUACUGAACUCAGCUCAGUACAGGGAGUGUACAAUGCUGACUGCACCACUGCUUACGAAAGGACCUCAGUGACUGCCCAAGCUGUGUUUGUAUCUGGCAGCAAGCGCCAAGUUGCCACAGUCACCCCUCAAGUAGCUGGGCUUCUUUCUUCAACUGACGAUGAUGUGAUAACUAUAGAUGUUGAUUAUACCACUGGCGAGGUUUGGGCAGUUGGUGCUGGAGCAGGGGAGGCUUAUGUGACGUUGGAAGUAAAUGAUACAACCAUCUCCUCGACGGAGUCUAUACGUGUAUCAGGACUGAGUGUAGUGGUCGAUGACAUAACUUUUAGUCUUCACACGGGGCUUUCCCCUGUAUCGUUGCCCCAGGCAACUGCUGGUGAGAGCUAUCUUGAAACAGCCGAGGUGGAGUUGCUGAGCAACCCAGAAUACCUCAACCAACCUAUAUCAGUCCUUGCAGAGGCAAUGCUCAGCAACGGACAAUAUCUGAGGCUUUCUGACGAGAAUGGACUUAUUCUCGAGUCUACAGAUGAAGAUGUUAUCAGGGUUUCAUCGUGGCAAGAGAUUUACGUCCGAGGCGGAGGCAGUGGUCUGUUCUUGAGGGGGGGUCUUAACACUGAAAGAUGCCCACUUGCUUCAGUAGUACUGGAUGAUGUGUUUUCAACCCUUGUGGAUGUAAACUUUCAACCAACAUCCCAUCUCAGUGUCAUUAUUUCUGACACGUAUCUUGCCACUCCUGUGCAUGCCUCGCUGCUAAAUCUUCCAACCAGCACUAUUACAGUAGCCUACCUUGUCCACGAAGAUGGCACCAAAAUAGACAUCACUGAAGAUAGCCGCACAAGCUACUCUUCCUCUGGUGACCAAGUCUCAAUAAGCUCAUCUGGAACACUUACCUCUACUGACUCCUAUGGACUAACAAAUAUAACUGUCACGUAUACACAUGGUAGUGUUGAGCACAAGGCUGCCCAAUCUAUUGAGGUUGUUGGAAUUGCCAGCAUUGAGGUUUCUGCCACUCCCUACCCAGCCUACAGUGGAUCUGACACAGUUUUGCUCACUUCCCUCAGUCAAUACCCAGUUAUCAACGAAACUGUCUACCAGAAGGCCCAGCUAAGUGUGAAAGCUGUGGCGUCCAAUGGAGAAUCGCUGGACAUCAGCAACAAUGCUUCCUUUUCAGUCUCAAACAACAGUAUUUUGGAACUGAACGGAACUAUAGUUCAGGGUCUGACUCAGGGAAAUGUAACAGUUUCAGCUGAGUUAGGAGACGUGGUGAAUGAUAUCUCCUUCAUGCUCACAGAGAAUGUUCUCAACAUUACUUCAAUCAACGAGUUUAGUCUAAAUGUCCGCUCAGAAAAUGUUCUUCUUGCUGGGCAAAUUGGUAGCGAAUUGGUGCCUUCUCUGACCCUAGAGUUUAGUGAUGGAACCUUAUAUCCUUCGUCCCUUACAUCCUCAGGCCCAGCAGUGGAUGGACUUGUUCGAUUCGCAACCUCAGAUUCCACCCUACUCCCAAUCGAUUCUGAAAGUGGGCUCCUUGAAAUCACUGGAAACAGGAUUUUCUCAACCGAACAAUUCAUUACAGCUGAAGUAAUCUCAGAACCUAGCAUCACUUCCCAAAUCGUGAUAUCUGAAGUUGAUGUGGAGGCAGAGUUUGGAGAUGCCGAUGUUGAGGUGGUUGCAAAUCAUCCACUGAAUGUGAACGACACUGUUAGAGUCGAACUUUACAUAAAUGCUGAAGGAGCUUCUCUUGGUGCAAUACAACUCAGACUGCGCUACAACAGUUCCCGCCUGGGGCUCCAGGAGGAGCUGGACACAGGGGCCCACGUUUCAAGUGCAUCUAUUUUCGAGAGUUUCAGCGGCUUUGCCGACGGCGAAGUGACUGUGGCUUUCGUAACACCUGAUGACACUCUCGGAAGUGAAAGAAUGCACGUAGCCACUGCCAUGUUUAGAGUGAUUGAGACAGAAACUCUCGAAUUCUCUGUGGAUGUUGUCCUCCUCAACACAUAUUCUCCGACACUCGAUACCAUUGGUGAUCCCGUCCCACGAGAAUCGAACUCCGCAUCGGUCAAUUACGACUCCUCACAAGUGGAAACAGAAAGUGAAACCAUUCGAUGCUCUGCACCUCCCUGUUUACCAUCAGAUUGCGAAGAUCUCGAUGUAGCUUCACCACUGGGUGACGUAAAUGCCGACUGCGUAUUCGACACACUGGAUGUUCUUGCCCUGCAGAUGUAUGCCACGAGGGCAACUCUAGACACAGAUUACUUCACUGACUCGCAGCUAGAGGCCAUGGAUGCAGACAAGAACGGGAGGAUCAACCUCCAAGAUGCGGAGUUUCUGCUAUCUGCCAGUCUCGGCCGCUAUCCUCUCAUCGCUGAUCCAGUUCUACGACCAAUAGAUGCAGAGUUUUCAGACUGCAUGCUCAGCAUUAACAUCACCCUCGACGAUGCCUUCAAUGACACUUUUGUGUUUUUCGGGCUCUUCCACAAGAAUUCGUCUUUCAGCGAUCAGUACAGUGCAACAGACUUUGCCGUAGGGACUAAACUGGACAAUUACGUCGAAGACGGUUCCUAUGGCGGCUGGUCGGAACCCAUGUCAUACGGAGACGGUGUGUACGGCAUCGUGACAGAACCAGGCACAAUUGCCCAAACUGACAUCUCAUUUGUAGUGAUUUACGGUGUUCUGGCCCUCGACGGUACAGUGCAAGACAACCAACUUGUUUUCCUCACUGGUCCUCCCAGUCUCCCUCUAAGCCAUGCAGCAUUUUCCUCUACCUUUGAAAUCUUUGAAACAUCCACUACUCUGUCAUCUGGUGGCCCAUUCAACGGUCUCAUUUUGUUUGACAACAGUUUCACAGCCACGGAUUGUUACAAUAUGCAUCCUCCUAUUCUUGGUGGAACUGGAUUGGCAACCGUUCAACGGAGAGAGAAUGUUCAAGUGGGUACCUCCAUUUAUAGUGUAUCUGCAACUGAUGCAGACAGUCCCCUAAGAGCUGGAGACAUUGCUUUCAGUCUUGAGGACGUCACAGAACCAGGGGCGCUGGAGAUCGACCCUCAAUCUGGCAAUAUAGGUAUUGCGUCGAGUCUCGACAGAGAGUCCUACGCCGAAAUACGUGCUACGGUAGUCGCCACUGAUCAGGGGCCUCACGUCUUCACUCGACUCUCAGACACUCUUGAGCUUAUUCUACAAGUUGUCGACAUAAACGAUAAUGCACCACUUUCAGACGAGCCGUUUUACUCCAUAGCUGUUAGGGAAGAUGAAGACUCAGUAAUAUUUCAGUUUACUGGAUCUGAUGAAGAUACUGGCAGUAUAAACAGAGGAAUCAGGGAAGUCACCAUAACAUACAAUGGCUCGGAAUCUGAAAAUAUCUUCACAGUCGUUACGGAAACUGACCCAGACGAAAAUACAUUCACAGCCAGUCUUGAGCUAGUCGGAAGUCUAGACUACGAGUCUAGAGUGUUCUACAAUCUUUCUCUGGAGAUGUUUGAUAGCGGAGAUCCUCCUCAGUCAUCAGAACUCACUAUCGAAUUGAAUGUAACUGAUACAAAUGACAACAGGCCAAUAUUCACAUCUCCCGACAGUAUUGUGAUGAUUGAAAACAAUGAAAUAGGUGUGCCUGUCAUUGAACUGAAGGCUGAUGAUGCAGAUUCAGGAACUAAUGCUGAGUUCUAUUUCGAGAUCAAUUCUGUCCACGAGGCUGAUGAUGACGGUGUGGCACUCGAAGGAACCGAUAACCUAGAUGGUUAUUUUUAUCUCCAAACAGAUGAGACUACAGCCCAGACUACACUGAGGGCUAAUCGAACAUUUGACCGGGAGGGCAUGCACAGUUUCACUCUCACCAUAACAGCCAGAGAGGAAGGGAUCGAAUCUGGCGUUCCUGUCCAAUUUCUGUGGGUGAUGGUUUGUGAACAGAACGACAACACGCCAACCUUCUCUGGAGAGGUCAGUGGCUCUGUCGAUGAAAAUUCAGACGCAGAGACCUUUGUGAUGACGAUUCAAACAACUGAUGUUGAUGCCGGGCCGUUUUGUCAGAGAGAUACCAUACAAAUAGACAAUUCCCAGGACAAUGUCGUUGAAUACACACUACUCAAUGCGGAGGACGUCCCCUUCAUAGUUGAUAGAGUGUCUGGAAAUGUCUCUGUGAACGGUUCGAUUGAUUACGAGAGGGAUCAGAGUUACAUGCUGGAAGUGGAAGCAUACGAUCUUGGCACACCAAGCCUUACCUCUACAGCAAAUAUCACCAUUAAUAUAGUUGAUUUGAACGACAACCCACCAAUUCUGAAUAGGGAGUCAUAUGUCACGGGUGCAUUCGAAAACAGCACGGUGAAUACAGCGCUGCAGGUGGUCAUUAGAGCCACAGAUCGCGACAGCGGAGAAAACAGCGUCAUCAACUACAAUCUGACUGGAGAUGGAAGCUCCGACUUCGGCAUUGAUGACACGGGAGUUGUUAGAGUUGCCGUGGAACUUGAUCGUGACGAGCGUCAGAAUUUCUACUAUCUGACUAUUAUAGCCUACAACCCCAAUGACCCUUCUCUGAACGAUACAGCACCGCUUAACAUCACUGUAUUUGAUAUCAAUGACAACGCACCGGUGUUUGACCAAGCGUCGUAUUUCGGAGAAGUCAGCGAGAAUGCCGAGGUUGAGACAUCGAUUCUGACUGUGUUUGCCACAGAUGCGGAUGAGCAAGACAGAACGAUAACCUACCGCCUAGACACAGAAACAAGUUACCCAGAUAUGCUCACAAUAGACAUUGAGACCGGUGUGGUCACCGUGAGUGGAUCACUCUGCGUCGAUUCCAACACUACAUUCACCUUUUUGGUAGUGGCCGAAGAUAGACCAGUGGAUAUAGUAACCUUCACAAACAGCACGAAUGUAUCCAUAUUGGUCUAUGACGACAACACCAAUGUUCCAGUGUUUGCCAGAGAAUACGGAGGAAUAGUUGCAGAUGGGGCGGAGCCAGGAGAGCCCAUUCUCACUGUGUCUGCCACUGAUGCAGACGUUUGCUCCCCACCUUUAAAAUACUACAUAGUGGACCAACCUACCAGCAACCCAUUUAGAAUGAACGAAGAUACAGGCACUCUCUACACCGAUAGCAUUCUCAACCAAGCAGACAGAGAUUUCUACACUCUCAGUAUCUCUGCUGUAGAUACUGGGACUCCCAAUCCGAAAACCGGUUUUACGACUGUGUACGUCGCCGUGGGUGAAACUGUGCCGGUCAAUAUCGAUGUCGAGGGAGGUUUCCCCGUUUCAAAUCCACAAGCAGCCAGCACUGAUUUCACGUACGAACAGACAUACAACUACCUCUAUGACACAUACAUAGGUAAUCCCAGCAGGUUCACUGCUUCAUACCGUGAAUUUUCGCGGUCUCUGAUCUUCCAAACCGAUCCUCUCCCGGCCACCAAAGUCAUUGCAAAAAUCAUGACUCCGACUGUCUAUCACAGUAAUCGGAUGGUCCAGGCUGCAGUUCAGGCUCUGGAUGAAUUCAACAGUUACAAUCUUGAGGACACCUCAGUGUAUAUGUCAGUCACCUAUGGGGACUCUAUGAUCAAUACAACUGGUACCACCACAUUGAACAGAGGGUCAACCACUCUCCUAACUAUUACCCUGCCAGAGACCUGGUUUUCUGGUAGUAGUAAUGAAAGCACCGAAGCAACCGUUGAGUUUGGGGUAGCUGGUGAACCAGCUUACAUCACCGAUUCGAUCAGUCUUAUUAAAACCCCUGACUACGACAGCGUGUGUUCUAGCUACACCAACAAGCCACAGCUACAAAUGAGAGUUCCAGCACACACUGUCUACGAAGGACAAGUGUUUGAAGUCCCCAUAUAUGCUGAAAGGGAAAACGGAGCAAUACUCACAGCUCUCUCAAUGACGUGUGAGCUAGAUGAAGGGCUUAGGUUUUACAGCUAUCCUUUCACCGAUGAUGCAACAUCGUUUCUUGCCACCUAUUGGUUUGAGGACUACACCAGCCGUGAUGUCUUGCAGCUUACUGCAACCCGCGUGGAAUUUCAAAAUUUAUCGCCUGGCAUCGAACAUGUUGGUUCACUACUUGUCGAAGUGACUGAUGGCAAUGUUGCCCAAGCUCGUAUCACUUGUACAAAAAAUUGAAGCAGUUUCUCACAAUGAACUUGAAGACCCGUUCUCCGAUCUACUGGUAGUGGAUGGGUCGGGAUGCCGUGACAGUAACAGAGGUGAUGUAACCAUCUCCAAGGACAAACUGGUGGCCGUUUUUCCAUCCAUGCAACAGACUGUCAUUUUCAACGAUGUCGUCUUCACCGGAGCUCGUAAAGACUUUGACGUGCUUCUAUAUGCCUAUGUUCUCUCGGCUGAACCGUACGCGACUUUUAUUCAGCAGGAGGUAGGCGUGGUGUGCACCAGUAGCAACACCAAUGCCCUGCAGGCGGAGUGCAGUGAUGGGAGGUUUGAGGUUUACAUCGACGGUAGCGAGACUCAAGGAGAUUCUGUUGAGAUCGCUUUCUUGGCUGACAAUGUGGCAGAAGGAUUUGAUGGCUUUGAACUAGCGGAAUCUCUAUUCCCCGUGUCGAUCUCUGCUCAGGUCUGGUUCCCAGACCUCUCUCUAGAACUUAUUGUUGAGGACGAGAUAUUAAAUGCUGUUGGCGGAUGGCAGAGAACAGAACAAAAUGAUAGCUGUGUCCAAGGAUACCAGACGACAAGCCUAGAGGCUUAUGCCAAAUUCAGACCUCGAAGUAACUCUCUCACUUUCGUCACUGCCAGAGUUGAGGGCCUCCUGACACUACAGAGCAGCAAUGAAGACAUUGUAGCACUCUCUGGAACUGAGGUGGUGGGUGAGGCACCAGGCAAUGCCAGCAUUUUAGCAUUCAGCCACGAUGGACGUGAAAUCGGUAGUGUUAAUAUAUCCGUUGUUGACACCGAAGUACGUGCAGUUGAAGUCGAGAUAUUCCACGGAAGAGCAGUUGAGCCUGUUGCACCAAGUGCCAUACCGUAUGAGGGUUCAGACCCAUUCCAAGUCAGGUUGAACCCCGGACUGCGGUACGAGACUGAGACAGCAGAGUUGGCCAGCAGUGUACUGUUUUCUGAUGGAACGAGGUACUGGGUUUCAGACCUUGUGGAGUAUUCUCCAGACAACUCGUCCAUUUUCGAACUCGAGGGAUCCAUGCUCACGGCAAGUGAGAGUGGGGAAGGAGAGGUAUAUGUGGACUGGACUAGCUGCAAUGGUGAAACUGUGAUCUCCCGCCCAGUUCCCCUCUCCCUCGCUCUGCUAACACCUGAAGUGAGGAUUUCACUCGAGGAACGUGAAAUAGCCCUCCAAGAUGACUCUGCUUCUCUUCUGGAUUCAUUCCCUGUACUAACUUACCUCACUGUGUCACUCGUGUAUGAUGUUGAUGGAGAUACUGUCACAGUGGAUGUGACUGAGCAUAGCUUCACGAAUGUAUCGUUCUCUCCGGAAAAUUCAGCGAGUGCCACUCUCAUUAAUGGGAGAUACAAGAUUGAGCCAAUUUCGCCCAACACUAGAGUAUCAAUUCAGGCCUCGUACAGAUCCUAUGCUUCUGCAGUCGAAACACUUACUAUCGUCGAAGCAUCAGAAGUUACUCUAACAGCUCGCCCCUACCCUCUCUACGAUGGUGCUCCCGAAAUUGAUACACUGAAGUUAAUUGGAAACACCGGAAGCUUCCAGAUGGCAAAACUUGAUGCCAUCCUCUAUGUCAACGUACCAGGCCAAACCAGACGGACAUUUGACAUUUCCACAAAUCCAUACACUAACUACAUGAUCAAGGUAGGGUCCCCGGUUUCAACCAGAGACGCCAUUUUCACCCCGAGAAGUGUUGGAGCGCGAGAGGUCGAGGCUGAAUUCUAUGGUUUGACCAGCAACUCUAUAACCCUGAACGUCAUUACCUCUGAAGAGGUCACAGUUUCGUCCAUCGACAGGCUCGAACUGACCACAGGGGAUACACUAUCCGGAGAGCAAAACACAGUCGCAGCCCAACUCUCCAUUGCUCUGACUUUCUCUGAUGGCUCCAAGUUUGAAGAGGGUUACAUCAACGGAGAGCAGGUCAUUCCAGCUCUCUUCACAGUAGUCUUUGCCGACCGCAGCGUUGCCAGAAUCACAGUUCUGACUGGAGAUAUCACUCUGCUAGGGAAUGCUCCAAGCGGUACAAGUCUGACUGUUACCAUCAACGAUCGCAACGGCCUGCAACAGCCUCUUGAGUUUUAUGCUAAUCUCGAGCCUUCACUGCACGAGCUGGACCUGGGAUUGUUGACAGGUUCUCCUGCCACUCCAGUAUCCCCCAGUGACUCCUUCUCCAUCCCUGUCUUUAUCAACACGGGAUCCACUAAUGUCGGCGCCAUUGAGGUCGGUGUUGUCUACAGCAGCUCUUUGCUGAGCCUCGACUCAGUCACCAGUGGAGCUGACUGGCCACAAGAAGACUCACUCGCCCAACUCAACUUUUUCGGAAGCUCUGAGAAUGAGUUUGGGGGUUUUGUUCAUUUCGGAGGGCUCAUCAUUGAGGAGAGAGCUGGUCUGCUCCACAUUGCUGAUCUUAACUUUACCGCCGGUGGGCUAGCUGGAGUAGCAAACAUUAAGGCAGAGAUCAUAACCUACUUGGACUACAGUGUCCCACCAGUACCCAUCCCACACCUCGAAGAUUCACCUGCAGCCAAUAUCCAUGUGGUUGUGGGAACACCCAAUGACCUAACUAAACCAUAUCUCAACGUACCUCUGGAGAAUCUCGAGUCUGACACAACAGUCUGCACUGGCCCCUUACCCUGUGAGUGUGAGGAUGGUAAAGAGACUGGGGAUAUUAAUGGCGACUGUGUUUUCAACUUGCUCGAUAUCGUGAGUCUCUACCACAAUUCUUCCCUCUACUUGAGCCUCCAACAUAACCAGGAGGAAAAUAUGAAUUCCCCAACCUGCCACCCUGAGCUGAAUGCCGACUUCAACAUUGAUGGUGUAUGUACCGUGGGCGAUGUAAACUUCUUGCUCCAAGCAAGUUUCUGGCAGGCACACUUUGUUCCACGACUCAGCAUCAUCCCUGUUAAUAGGAACGAUUGCUUGCUGACUAUUGAAGCGGAUCUCAUAGCCCGUGGAGAUCGUCCAGCCAACAGCGAUAGAACUUCGCUCCUGAUUGCUCUUUAUGACAGGGACCCAGCUGCAGAUGCCCAAUACGACAGUACAACUGCCUUCCUUGGGCUAGGUGUGAAGGUUAGUACAACUGCCACCGAUGACGGCAUUAUCCCAGCUUCUUUGAACGGAGGCGUCUUCUUAGCAAGUGUCAGCGACAUCGUAGAUGGGCAGUUUGAAAUAAACCUGGAGUCUGAAUUUGUGUCAAGUGAGUUGGGUCUGAUGCUCAUUCAAGUCCAUUCAGGCUAUGAGAACCAACCGAGCGACGGUGGAGUAAUCCACAUGAGAAGAUACAGCUUCCCACCUGUUUUCCCUGAAGCUGUCAGAGCUACGAUCCACCAUCCAUUGACUGAUAUCCUACUGGAGUGGGCCAUUGCUUCUCCUCUGCGGACCAUCAAUCAAACAGUUGCCUCUUCAAUCUGCAUAAAUGACAACAAGCCUCAGUUCUUCCCUGCAGUCACCGAGGUCGAAGUCUAUGAAAAUGCGACUACUGGCACCCUCGUGGCCACUGUUUUUGCCAAUGACAGUGAUUCUGAGCGUAACACAGUCAUCAGCUACAGCAUCGAGAGAAUCAUACCAAACGAUGCUGAAUUCUACAUCAACGAGUCUAGUGGAGAAGUAUUUCUGAAUAGUUCACUGGACAGAGAAGAAACUCCACAAUACAAAAUAUUAGUCCAUGCAGAGGAUCAAGGCAACUUUGGAAGUCUUGGAGGAGAUGGAGAACUAGUCAUAAAUGUUCUAGACAUAAAUGACAACGACCCAGAAUUUACACAAUCUGUCUACAGUGCAAUACCAAUCCCUGAGGAUAUUGACGUUGGUUCGUCUGUGAUCACCGUUCAAGCAACUGAUGAUGAUGAGAAUAAUAUAAUAGAAUACAGCCUGCCUUAUCCGCAGAACUUUACAAUUGAUCCAAACACUGGAGAAAUAACGGUAGGAUCGGAGUUGGAUUAUGAGACUAAGACUGCCUACGAGCUGCUUGUGGUUGCCACUGACCAGGGCGGCCGGACUGGGAAUGCGACUGUCGUGAUUCAAGUGGAACCACUGAACGACAAUGCACCGAUGUGUCCUGAAAUCCUCUAUACCGUAGUUCCGGAAGAUACCAGUGUGGGGACUAUAGUCUACACCGUGACUGUUUCUGAUGCUGAUGUUGGUUCUAUCCAUCGCGACUUGACCUUCAGGCUCCUCACUCCUAGCUCAGAGUUUGCCAUAACAAAAACUGGAGAGACAACAGUCGAUAUCGUAACAGCCACCGACACUCUCAGAUUUGAUGGAGAGACCAGCUACGAUGUCGCGAUUUUUGCCCGAGACAUUGAUAAUCAGAACUGUACAUCAGUGGUCAGAGUGACAGUGGGAGAGUCUGCAGCCUUCAAUUUUGAAAUCUCUGGUGCUGGAUUUGCUAUUGGUUCUCCCGUCAGACUAGCCGACUCCAGUGGAUACGAGCAGCAGAUUGCAAUGUUUGGUAACUCUCUCCCUGAGGGUGGAGUCAGUGUCUCACUGGGCGGUACCACACAAAAUGUGACCUAUCGUCGAAACACUCCACCUGUUUCGUCCCUGGCUGGCAUUCUCACUACUCCCGAACUGAAAUACGAUUCGCCUUACAUCCAAGUUGUAGCCCAGGCUAAAGACGACACAUUCAACACUAUUGCUGGUGCACAGAUCAGCUUGAGAGCUGCGAUAUCAAACAGCCUAAUUGUUGAAACAGUCACAGAUAAUGGGAGUGCAACUAAGGGUGAAAGUGGUAGUUGUCUAAUUAGCAUUGAAAUUCCCCAGUCUUGGUUUGGCAACACUGAAUCAACAGUCCAAGUGUGGCUAGUAAGCGAAGGUAUCGAACAGCAGAUUCAGAAUGUGACACUCCAACCGAGACCCAGUUUCCCGUUUUCCAACCUGCAAAACCUGAUUGUCCAGUAUCCAUCAUACGAGUUGUUCCCCGGCCAACAGUUCGACAUAAAAGUGGGUGCCCCCGGAGGAAACGACAUCAUAGCAUUCGAGUUAAACAUAGAACUGAGUACAGAAUUCACCCAACAAAGGUUCACAACAGCUCAAUGGGAGUGCUUCAGUGGUUCAACUGGUACUAGCUUUACAUGUCUCCGAGGAUCAUCUCAAGAGCUCUUGCCAGAAGAUUCCACCUUCCCUGGGGAAAAGUUCCUGGAGCUCAGAGUAGCUGGUACUGUGGGGUCUCACACUAUUCCCACGAUUGUAAGGACACUUGUGACCCGAUUUGGUCCUGAAGUCAGCUCUGACAGCCCAGCCACAGUCAUUGACAAAAGAGGUGCAACCAGCGCACCGGCAAUAGUCACAGUUAGUCCCGAGACAAUUCUGGGCUAUCUGCCAUUUGCAGAGCAAGGGGAAAUCAUCCUUGUACAUGAUGGGUACCCAACACUCAAAGCCAGUGCCGUGAAAGUUACACAAAACACUGCUGAUGUAGUCAGCCUUGUCUCGACUGAAUUUAUGUGUGACUAUGACUCAGCCAGUUCAAGCUGUAAUGAUAUAUUCACUCAAUUCUCUGAAAUAACAACUCGGGGCAGUGAACAGACAAGCAUCGUGAUUAGAGAUGGCGCUAGUUCUAGUUUCUCUCUGUCUCUCCGAGUGUGGUACCCAGUCACAGUCUGGAGCGAGGUGUCCGAUCAUAUUCUCAACACACUAGAAGGCUGCGGUGAAUACCAGAAGACGAGCCUCAGAGUUAUGGCACAGUACACUACAGGAGAGAGAACUUCCUCCGUACUUGACGUGACAAGAUUCAAUGUCCCUCUGGACUAUGAUGUCACAGUCAUUAAUAUCACUGGACGAAUAGUGUCUGGGGUUGGUCUCGGGACCACUAACAUCACAGUUACAGCUGCACCAGGUGUAAACAGUACUGCACCAGCCGUUUUCGUGGUUGACGAUAAAAUCCGUCCACUUGUGAGCUAUCCAACGGUGUUUACCAGCCUAGACCUGAGUCUCUCUGAUAAUACAUUCAACAGAACUUCAUCUAUUAUAGCUACUGCUUCGACAACGCAGUCAUUUGAUGCCGUGGGCACUGAAGGUGAAACUGCCACAAUAGUCUACUUCACUGAUGGGAGUAGAUACGAUCCUACAGCAGAUGAAGUGAUGACCACCUCGUCCGAUGCUAAUGUGGUGACUGCAACUCCUGAAGGCACUGUGACUGCAGUAGGAAGUGGAGAGACAACUGUUUCAGUUCAAUGGACCAUGGAAACCUGCCCGGCACUACAAAUCUCAGCCCUUGCAGAUGUCAUUGUCCAGCUACCAUAUCCUGUUGAACUGGUUGUGAACUCGCCAAUCAGGAUCCUGGGUGACUCCAGGGAUGUUCCCAUCACCACUGUUCCAACAUCUGCCACAUUUGACUUCUCCCUGGUAUACAGUGACGGCACAUCUGUGACUAGAGCUGACUUGGAGAAUGUUCAGUUUAAUGCUCCACCUUCCCUCAAUGUAAUGUAUGGAUCAGACUCUAUUACUGUUUCGGCCAACGAUACCUCAACCGGAGCUACAGCAACUGUUGACUUCUGGUAUGGCUCUUUGACUGCAUCUGCACAGGUUGCUACCCUGAACGUGGAGCGACUGGAGACCAGCUUGCUUCCCUAUCCAAAUGAAGCAUCUCUGGAGGAAGGUCUCUCCCAUAUUGACCUGGAACAACUGGGCUCAACCAGUUACUGGCAACAGGCUGAACUGGUUGUACACGCUGUCUUUUCUGACGGUUCGGCAGAGCAGAUUCUCAAUCCACGAGUCAGCAAUGUUGGUGUGGAUGGUACAUCAUUCCACGUGAGUUUGGACGUAAACAACAGAAUUAUCCAACCCGUGACGGGCUCGUAUGGGACAAGCCGAAUCAUUGCCUUCAGUGGGGAGCUGCAAUCCAGUAACAAUGUCACAGUUUCCCAUCUAGACCAAGUGGCAACGGUCGACAGAAUUGAACUCAGUGUGGUUAGCACCGACCAAACCCUAUACCAGUACUCUGCUUCCGUAUUCUUCAUGGAUGGGACUCUAAUCCAAGAUGUCACCACCUUCAGCCGCGAAAUCAUUGGAGAAGACCUAGUUACAUUCUCUCUCUCACCUACUGAUGUUGGUACCAUCGACGAAUCUACAGACACCAUCGCCAUUGACCAAAGUCACUAUGAGUUUGUAACCUUCUCAGCCUCCCUGGGAGAUAUUUCUGUUAGCACCAGCUUCCCGGCUAACUUGGAGCCAGAAAUUGGUCAAAUAGAUCUCGGCACACCAGAUUUCAUACCAAUACCACCAGUUUCCCUGGGGGAGACUUUCACUGUAGACGUAAGGGUCAACACGAAUGGAAAUACAGUCACGGUGCUUGAUGCAGUAAUUACAUACAAUAAAACAGCCCUGGAGUUGGUGUCUGUCGAGCCAAAAGUUGGUUUCUCAAACGUUCGUACCAAUGAGCCAGUAGGAGAGAUUCAACUAACUGCGAUUGGAUCAGGGAACCUGGAACAAAAUGCUGCCAUUCCUACUGUUGCCACUGUAACUUUUAGAACUCUAGCCGAGGGUCUAGUAAGCAUUGGUGGGUACCUGCCAAUACUCAUUGGAACUGGUCUUAGUGUCAUUCCAAUGCAGAGUACCUCUGUUACUGUAAAAGUUGGGCCAUCUCCAACUGUCUACACUCAUUCGGAGCCCACUCGACGUAAUGUGCUGUUUGAUAGGGCAGACAUUGAUGAUAACGGUAAUGUGAACAUUAUUGAUGCUUACGAUGCUUUUCUUCAACUGGGCGAUGGUGACACCUUAAACGACACUAACUGGGACAAUGUGUUUAAUAUUCGGGAUGUGGUGUACCUGACCCGAAUUUCGACUAGUCUUGCCCCAGUUUUGCUCAGUUUACCGAUGAUCACACUGCCAGCGAGCGGGUCUGGCUGCAAUCUCACCUUCGAGCAGAGCUUCUUUUCAUCUGCCACUGUUAAAGUCUAUGCCAUCAUCUCACAUCCUGAUAUUGCAGCUGAACUCAACGUCUCUCUGACGGGAGAAAACACCCUCGAAUCCCUCUAUGAUUCAGGCAGUGGUGUGUUCACAACGCAGCAAGCAAAUGCCAACACAUUUUCUCUGGAACUCUAUACUCCACUAGACAUCAGAGAUUCACCCAUUGGUUAUUCCCUUGUUGUACAGACAAUGGAUGAUUUUGGUUUUACGUCUCCUGAACGCACAGUCCAGUUUAUCGGCGGUCUAACCUCCACACCUGUGGGAGAAAACGAACUCAUCCCGAGACUAGACACUCCAGUUACCGCCGUCGGAGAAAACGCCGGAUUCAGACCACUCCAGACAUUCAUGAUCGGUGGACUCAGAUCCGACUACUGCAGCUUUAAUGGGUCCACAAUUGAGCUUCGUGUAGCAGAGAAUGCCACAUUGAGAUCCACUAUUGGAUCAGUGUCUGCAGUGAGGGGUGAUCUUGGUUUUCCCUCGAGGGACGAACAGUACUCACUCACAGAUCAGAGUGGUGUGUUUAACAUCACACCAGAUGGAUCCCUCUUUAUACAAUUUCUACUUGACUUUGAAGACUUGCAGAGUUAUACUGUGACUGUGCAAGGACAGACCGUCUAUGGGGGUGUGUCUAUUGCUAUCUAUAGUGCUAGCAUUGAGAUUGCAGUACUCGAUGUGAAUGACGAAACACCAAUGAUAAAUGUCACAUAUUUUGCUACUGAGUUCCCCGAGGAUGUAUCUCCUGGAAUCACUGUGGCUCGUUUUGAGGCAAGUGACAGAGAAGCCGGUGACAAUGGGGAAGUAUACUUCGAACUGGAGAGCACGUCAGACCCGCUAAACCAGUUUAGGCUAGAGCAAGACGGUGACAUGGCAACACUGAUUGUGGACAUCCCACUGGAUCGGGAGAAUAUUUCUAUGCACAGUCUCUCAGUCUUUGCAAUAGAUCGAGGCAACCCCCCACUCAGCAGCAGUGCAACCAUUAAUAUCACUCUGUCGGAUAUCAACGAUAAUGCUCCAGUGUUCAGCCAAGCAUCGUACACAAUUUCAAUCCCAGAGGAAACUCUUGAAUGGAACUAUACCAUCGGCGUUAUUGAUCCUGAUGUGGGCAGAAAUGGAGAAGUCUUGCUGAUGCUUGUGAAUGCAUCGGCAGAGUUUGAGAUCAAUGUCGACGGCGUGCUAAAUCUUACAGCUCCUCUUGACCGUGAGACUAGAGACAACUAUGAAUUUACAGUAAGGGCAGUCGAUGGAGGUGAGCAAAAAAUGGAAUCAUCAGCCAAUGUCAUGGUAAUUGUUACCGACGUCAAUGACAAUGCUCCCGUUUUGACUCUAGUCAACCCUAUACAACCAAUACUUGUGGAAGAUGAUUCAGCCGAAGGUACGUUCAUAGCACAAUUUGAAGCAACAGAUAACGAUACUGGAAGCAAUGCUGAUCUUUCAUUCUCGAUUUUGGAAGCUCAAGCCCCGUUCCAAAUUGAUCCAGCUGACGGAAUUGUUACUCUUCAGGGAACACUUGAUGUGAACACACAGUCGAGAUACACAAUAACUGUGCUCGUGGAAGAUAGUGGUAUGCAAAGUAACAACGAUUCUUACUCCCUCAUUGUCUACGCCAUUGAGGGCCAGUCUGUUUCAUUUGACGCUGGACAGGAAGGUUUCUUGGUAGGAACUUACACCAAACCCAGCGAUGCGCUCUAUGAACAGCCCGUGGGGUUCUUAGUUGGGGCAGAAUAUUGGAACCCCUGUCAGACUAAGGGGGAACGUCAACCUUGA